GUGGCACAGUUCUUUUGACUUUAAAUGACCAUUGACCUGAUGGAUGAUUGUUGACUCGAUGACUUGAUCUAACCAGUUUGUCAAGCCCAACUGAUUCGUGUCUGGAUGUUUUUCACAGCAGUCAAAUAGGUAAACGUUUCCAUAUGAAUGAAAGCACAUAAGAUGCUCGUUCACCUUAAGUGACUCCAACUGCACAUGUGAUGUUGAUGCUCCUAACAGAAUCUCUCAUCUCCACCAAGUGACGCACACUCCGCAGUUAGAGCACAAGUGCUUGACUGGACCAGGUGCAUCCAGGAGAGGGCUGAUAUCCCAGCAGGAUCCUGCCCCUGUAAGCGUAAGAACAUAGCAACAAUAACUAAGAUGGAUAAAGUCCAACGGAAAUUAUGUGCUGUCACUGUGUUGCUGUUCACUGUGUACCACAGUCACACAGCAGCUGCCAGGCUGAAGGAACAUCUGGCUGAUUGUCUGGAGGACAAAGACUAUAAUGAACUGCUCCAGACAGCAAAGACUGGUCUUCCACACAUAAAUACAUCUCAUCAUGUUGUUAUUGUUGGAGCUGGAAUGGCUGGGCUGACAGCUGCCAAGUUACUGCAAGAUGCAGGACACAAGGUAACUGUUGUAGAAGCAAGUGGCCGCAUUGGUGGACGGGUUGAAACCUACAGAAAUGAAAAAGAUGGGUGGUAUGCUGAACUGGGGGCCAUGAGGAUCCCAAGUUUUCACCGAAUUGUGCAAUGGUUUGCUGACGACCUAGGGGUCAAAUUGAAUGAAUUCAUCAUGGAUAACCCUAACACCUUUUACCAUGUUAAUGGAAAGCGGAAAAGAACAUUUGCAGCACAAGCAAAUCCCGAUGUACUUGGGUACAAUGUGUGGCCAAGUGAAAAAGGGAAGUCAGCAGAUGAACUCCUUCAACAAGCUUUACAGAAGGUAAAGGAUGAGGUGGAGGCUCAUGGCUGCUGGGCUGCACUAAAAAAAUAUGACCAUUAUUCCGUGAAGGAGUACCUGAAAGAAGAAGGAGAUCUGAGCCCCGAAGCAAUGAGAAUGAUUGGAGAACUGCUCAACGAACAGAGUCUUAUGUACACUGCACUUAGUGAGAUGAUCUAUGACCAAACUGACAUCAGUGACAGCACCAAGUACUUUGAAGUGAUUGGUGGGUCUGAUCUUCUCCCCAAAGCUUUUCUUACUGUCCUUGAUAUCCCUAUUCUCCUGAACUCUAGAGUCAAGCGUAUCAGUCGCUCACACAAAGGAGUCAUUGUAUCAUACCAAACCGGACAACAGUCCUCUCAUACUGAUCUUCAGGCUGAUGUUGUCCUAGUAACAACCACAACAAAAGCAGCUCUUUUUAUGGAUUUUAUCCCGCCUCUGUCCCCCAAAAAGAUGGAGGCACUGAGGGCUGUCCAUUAUGACAGCUCAACUAAAAUCCUCCUCACUUUUAACAACAAGUUCUGGGAGAACGAUGGUAUCCAAGGAGGAAAGAGCAUCACAGACGGGCCUACUCGUUUCAUCUACUAUCCCGGGCACAGUUUCCAAAAAAACAAGACCAUCGGUGUCCUCCUGGCAUCCUACACCUGGGGUGAUGAUUCACUACUCUUUCUAGGAGCAAGUGAUGAAGCCCUCAAAGAGCUGGCUCUGAGCGAUUUGGCAAAGAUUCACGGUGAUCAGGUCUGGGAUUUCUGCACUGGGGUGGUGGUGAAAAAGUGGAGCAUGGAUCCUUACAGCCUUGGUGCCUUCGCUCUGUUCACACCCUACCAACACUUAGAGUAUGCUAAGGAGCUCUUUAAAAGUGAAGGCAGGGUCCACUUUGCUGGUGAACACACAGCCUUCCCUCAUGCUUGGAUUGAGACGUCCAUGAAAUCUGCAAUAAGGGCAGCGAAAAACAUUAACAGAGCUGUGCUGCUGAAAUCGGAGUCAGCUAAAUGUCGAAAAAGAGAUGAACUCUAGGGUCUGACAUAUUUAGUCUUUGACAAUCUUCAAAAGAAGGAUCCUUAAACCACUUAUCUACUUAUUACAAGCCAAUCGAAUUAGCUAAGUGACAAUACUAAAUAUUAUUGUUUCAGAGUUUACAGCUUUUUAUCCUUUUGUUAAUUGAUCUCUUUUUUUGUGCUGUACUACUCACUUUUAAUAUAAAAGGCCUUGGUAAAUUAGUGGUGAUAGAGAUAUAUUAUUAAAAAUUGUAUAUGUAUCAAAGACUUUUUGUGAUGUAGCAUUUUCACACAAUAAAGUGGCAAUGUUACACAAAG